GUAACCACGAACAUUACAGAUUAUAAUUUAGUUAAAAGAUAUGUUGAGUAUUCAAGUGUAUUUUCUUUAUUAUAAGAGCCAACAGUGUGCACUUGUAAAAUGCAUCUAGGAUAUAAUAGGGGUCAUAUUUUAAAUUGAUAGUAGAAUUUAUAUUUAGAGUUAUUAAAUUAUUAAUGAUUAAAUAUUAUGUGAAUUUUUAUAUGCAAUUUUAUAUAUAUUAGGUUUAUCAUCUGGCUGGUGUUAGAAUACGAGAUCUCUGUGAUAGAUUAAAUAUCCUUGAUGAAGAUCUUAGAAGGAAAAUCUGGACUUGUUUUGAAUAUUCAUUAAUGCAAUAUACAGAAUUAAUGUGUGAUCGUCAUUUGGAUCAGUUAAUUAUGUGUGCAAUUUAUGUAAUUUGCAAGGUUACAAGAGAAGACAAAAGUUUUCAAGAAAUAAUGAAAUGUUAUCGGCUUCAACCUCAAGCUGCAAGUCAUGUAUAUCGUAGUGUAUUAAUGAGCUCAAAAAAGCGUCGGAAUUCUGGUAGUAGUGAUAACAGUAAAAAUGGAUCUGGAUCUAACUCUCCAGUUCCAACUGAAAGGGAAGAGAAAGAAACUGGAAGAACAGAAAGACUUAGCACAAUUCGUUCUUCCAGCACGUUACCUGUUCCUCAUCCUAGUAGUCAGCCACCAACGCCAACUCGUUUGACUGGGACUGGAACGCAUUUUGAGUUUGAAGACCGGGGUGAUCUCAUAAUGUUUUAUAAUACUGUGUAUGUGCCAAAACUACAAUCAUUUGCUUUGAAAUUCACACAAGGCAAUAACAAUGAGGUUAGCAAUUUC